AGCUCCUGCCUGUAAUUAAGGCAGGGGUGUCGAUUCUCUGGGGCUGACAGGCCGCCCUAUGUCGCGUGCAACCGCUGCCGCGUUUUGAACGGCCGCUGCCCGUCUGCGUGGGAUGAGCUGUCUGCUGCCCUGCGCCGCGCUUACACUCAUGGGACUGCUCUUCGCCAGAACGAUGGCCUGGACUUCAAGCGGAAAGACGCACCCUGAGCUAGUCAACAACCUCUACAAAAAAGGGAUCAUUAAAUCCCAGCGAGUCUUUGAUGUGCUGUUGGCUACUGACAGAGGUCACUACAUCAAAUAUUUCCCGUACAUGGAUUCUCCUCAAUCUAUCGGAUACAAGGCCACAAUCAGCGCACCACAUAUGCAUGCCCAUGCACUGGAAUUGCUAAAGGAUCAGCUUGUGGAAGGUGCAAAAGCGCUGGAUGUUGGAUCUGGAAGUGGAUAUCUUACAGCUUGCUUUGCCAGGAUGAUGGGCCCAACAGGGAAAGCGGUGGGCGUAGAGCACAUUAAAGAGCUGGUCCAUGAAUCCAUCAGAAACGUCCAAGAAGAUGAUCCAACUUUGCUCAGCUCUGGCCGCGUGAAGCUUGUGGUUGGAGAUGGCAGGCAGGGAUACCCCGAAGAGGCUCCUUAUGAUGCCAUUCAUGUUGGAGCGGCAGCAGCAACUGUACCGAAGGAGUUGCUGAAUGAAUUGAAGCCAGGAGGUCGGUUAAUAUUGCCUGUUGGUCCCGAAGGUGCAAACCAAGUUCUGAUGCAGUACGACAAAACCAGCGACGGGCAGAUCGUCGAAACGCAACUGAUGGGCGUGAUCUACGUUCCCCUGACAGAUAAGGAAAAGCAGUGGCCUCGGGAUGAAUUCUGACGGAUGGAUGGAUAUCUCUAAAGUGACCUCAGAAAGCUCAUGAAUGGGACUUAUGACUGUAGAUGGUCUGUACCGUUUUGCUUUUUGAACGGAAGCUUUAUUAGCGGACGUGCUUGCGAAGGCAAGUUGUGCUUUAGCAGAGCUCGUUACGGAGGGAUGGAGAAAAGGGUGUUUCUGCAGCGGCAGGAGCAGGGGGAGGCUCUCGGAGGCCAUGUCUGGUUCCAGGCAGUGGCUGGAUUCAGAAAGGUCCAGCUGUCCUCUCUGAUAAGCUGUAGAUAACAUCUAUUCACAGAGAAUUCCACAAGCAGACAGGAAUACUUAAACCUUCACUAAAAAUACUCUUUAAUAUCGACUACUCUGCCUAAUGCUUGAAGAAAAUAAGACGCAAUUACUGUUUCAGAGCAGCGAUCUACCCUGAUUUGUCAAAGUUUAAUGAUGAGAGUGUGUUCUCUUCCUGUCUUGCAUCAACUAAUUUAAUCUCUGAUAGCAACACUGAGGAUUUGGGGGUUAAGAAAAAUCCCGGUCUCUCGACUUUUCCCUGAUGCGCCCUUCCUUCUCCCGCUGGCGCUUGGCCGCACGGGCGGCUGCAUCGGGAGGCUUAAGAGCGGCGGGUGGGCAGCAGUGAGACUUAAGGGGCUUUUCUGGAACAGUUAUAGGGGAGGAACUGUCCCGGUAAAUAAAGGCGAUUCCGCUCAGCCCUGCCGCCGCCUCCUUCCCGCGCCGAGC